ACUUCAGUAUUUGUCAAAGCUCUUAUCUACCAUAUCUUAAUACAAACUUUCAUAGAUAAUUUUGAUUUAUUAGGAAAGUUGUGUUCCAACUUAUACAGACUCUAGUAGGUAAGAUGACGUUAACCAUUUUUGGUGUAUUUUUAUACAUUCAAUGGUUUAUCAGUGGUUACUUUGCCAACGAACCUGAUGUGUGUACCUCGCGUGAUUGUCUGUCAUUAUCUGGAUAUUUACAUACUGGUUUCGAUGAGACAAUAAAUCCAUGCGAUAACUUCUACAAGUUCACGUGCAAUCGUCUAAUAUCCAACCCCCUGGCACCAAAUGUGCCACUGUGGAACGAAUUUAUGGACAUAGGUCGCCAACUAAACGAUAAAUUGGCAACUAUUGUCCAUGAAAACUCAAACCAAAAGGAACAUUGCGCAACCUCUUCAAAAUUCGUAGCGCAUUUAUACCAGGGCUGCAUGCGUAAUUUCGCAAACACGUCACUGGUAUUUGGUCGCAUAAAUCAGCUGUUACGGGACUACGGUGGUUGGAUAGUGGUCCGAAAUGGAGAUUUCUCCAAAUUUCACUGGACGGAAAUAUCUUACAGGUUUCGAUCCAUUGGCAUCACACAGCCCUAUCUGCCCAUUUCAGUAACAUACGAUUACUAUGACAAGAACAAGCAUAUUUUAACGAUUAAUUUACCAGACACAGUCGCCCCCAAGUACGUUUUGCUAAAUGGCCUUGAUGACACCAAUAUAGAAAAGUAUAGGAGAAAUAUAAUCUACGUUGCCAAAAGUAUGGGUGCAAAGGACCUAACGUAUACGGAAAAGGAAGCGACAAAAAUUGUGGAGCUAGAAAUACGAUUGGCAAAUAUAACCGCACCGACUUUUAACCGUGUUAAAAGAACCAUUGGAGAGCUUCAGGAGAAGUACUCAGGAAUCUGUUGGCGAACGUAUCUGACGAAAAUGCUGGCCAUACCGAAUCUAGCAUUGCAGGAAAAUGACGAAGUAAUGCUUUACUCGCCUCAUCACCUAGACAAAAUCGUUGAAGUCCUCCAAAGUACUGCACCAAGCACAUUGGUUUCUUACGUUGAAUACCGAGUUAUUGUCGCUUUACUGCGUGCUGUCGGAUUAAACAUUUGCGAAGGCAUCUCAAAUUCUGCCCCAAGCGCAUGCCUAGAGCUAACGAAACUGGCUUUACCAACGGCACUAUCAGCACUCUACGUUCAUAGGUUUCUAUGCUCCGAUACCAAGCAUGAAUUGACUCAGUUAGUGCACGAUAUUAAAGGCGGUUUGAUAGAAGUACUUGACGCUACAAAAGGCUACGAGCAAAGUAGAGCAGCUUUUAUUCGGAAAAUAAAGGCAAUGCACGAACACAUCGCUUACCCGGAUGCAUUACUAGAUGGGAAUGAAGUGAAUAAAUACUACGCUAAUGUGAAAUUUAGUGAAGAUUACCUCCAGUUCUAUUCCAACCUUUUGAAGUUUAAUAUUGAUGAAUCAUACAAAAAACUAAAGGAAGUGCCGCGAAGAAAUGACUGGAAGAGUCGCACUUCUUUACUGAACGUCAAUGCGCAGUACCAGCCAUUGGAAAAUAGUAUAGAAAUUUUAGCAGGACUGGUGGCGCAUCCGAUUUACAAUCCCGACCUGCCAAGUUAUGUAAAUUAUGCAGGAAUGGGCUCGAUUGUAGGUCAUGAAAUCUACCACGGAGUAAGCGGAUUGGGUUUAAUGUUCGAUGAGCAUGGGCAAAUGAAUACGUGGGUUACGUCGGAGGACGUUGCGAAUUUAGACCGUGCGUCAAAGUGCAUACACCAACAACACGCGGAACUCAUCAAGGAUGAGAAGAAGGCCUGGGUAACACUGGAUGAAGACCGUGCAGAUGUAGUUGGAGUUCUAUCUGCGUAUCGGGCGUACCAGACCUGGUUUCAACGAAAUGGGGGAGAGCCUCGGCCGCAAGAUUUUGGCAGAUAUACUAUAAAUCAACUGUUUUGGAUUUCGUAUGGACGUCUGUGGUGCUCGAAAGAAUCAGAUUAUUAUGUGAAAAAUCAUUUGUCUUUUACCAAACACUCUCGCUACAUGUACAGAGUACUUGUUCCCCUAAUGAACUCUGAGGACUUUUCUAAAGACUUUAAUUGUCCUCCCGGUUCGUAUAUGAAUCCAAUAAACAAAUGUCGACUUUGAUCACUAAUUUUUUGAAUCCAGUAACAUUGCGCAAUUUCAGUUUUCAUUGUGUGUAUUUUUGGUACUAUGAAAAUUGAGCAGUGAAAACUGUAAAUUUAG